UAAAUAUAUUGUUAAAUUAGCUAGUUACUCGUAUUAAGUUUAAAGGUAAAGCAUUAUGUUAACAGACCGGCAAUUUGGCAUGCAACUUGCACUGCUGAUUCUUCUGCUGGCACUUGUUGCCGCCAAAUCGAAAAUAUCUGCCGUGCGGGAAGACAUUGCAGACUAUAAGGAUUAUAAGAAGUUGCUGCGCACCAAGAACAAUAUUCUCGCGCUCUACGUGUCUAGCCCUAAGGAGGCUGCCGCCGAGUUGAAACUGUUCCGGGAAGCUUCAGAUGGAAUACGCGGUACAGGAACAAUGUUGUACGUGGAUUGCUCUAAUCAGGAGCGCAAGAAACUGUGUAAGAAGCUCAAGGUGACGCCUAAGCCGUAUGUACUGCGUCACUACAAGGACGGCGAGUAUCACAAGGACUAUGAUCGUCAGCUGACCGUGGAAUCCAUGAUCACCUUCAUGCGCGAUCCCACCGGUGAUUUGCCUUGGGAAGAGGAUCCCGCUGGUGCCGAUGUAUUGCACUUUAAUGACGGAGCUUCAUUUACGAAACACCUCCGCAAGGAUAUUCGGCCUAUGAUGGUUAUGUUCCAUGUGCCCUGGUGCGGAUUCUGCAAGCGCAUGAAGCCUGACUACAGCAAAGCAGCCACCGAACUGAAGGCUCACGGUGGAUAUGUAAUGGCCGCGAUGAAUGUGGAGCGACAGGAGAACGCACCUGUGCGCAAGCUCUUCAAUUUAACUGGGUUUCCCACAUUAAUUUACUUCGAGAAUGGAAAGAUGCGCUUCACAUACGAGGGAGAGAAUACCAAGGAUGCGUUGGUGGCCUUCAUGCUCAAUCCAAAUCAGAAACCAACGCCCAAGCCAAAGGAAGCUGACUGGUCGGCUGAUACAAACUCCGAGAUUGUUCAUCUGACAACGCAGGGCUUUGAGGCAGUUCUAAAGGAUGAGAAAUCGGUGCUGGUAAUGUUCUAUGCACCUUGGUGUGGUCACUGCAAGAACAUGAAACCCGAAUACGAAAAGGCAGCUCUUGAGAUGAAAGAGAAGAAUGUGCCAGGCAUGCUUGCUGCCCUGGAUGCCACCAAGGAGUCUGCCAUUGGCGAAAAAUACAAGGUCAAGGGCUAUCCGACAGUGAAAUACUUUUCCUAUGGUGUCUACAAAUUCGAUGUGAAUGUGCGGGAGGCGUCCAAAAUCGUUGCCUUUAUGCGCGAUCCCAAAGAGCCGCCACCACCUCCACCGCCAGAGAAGAGCUGGGAGGAUGAAGAGGACAGCGCGGAGGUGAUAUUUCCAAACGAAGAAACGUUCAGCUCGAUCCUGAAGCGCAAGAAACAUGCGCUGGUCAUGUUUUAUGCUCCAUGGUGUGGACAUUGUAAGCACACAAAGCCGGAAUUCACAGCUGCCGCCAAUGCGAUGCAGGACGAUCCGCGCGUUGCCUUCGUUGCCAUCGACUGCACCAAAUAUGUAGGGCUGUGCGCCAAGUACAAUGUGCGCGGCUAUCCCACCUUCAUAUACUUUUCCUACCUCAAAACGAAACUAGACUACAAUGGCGGACGAAACAGCGAAGAUUUCAUAGCCUAUAUGAAAAAUCCACCUAGCCCCAAGGAGCAUAGCGAGCUGUGAUCUGUCUAAACUACACUGUUAUAGAAUCUCUUCAAAUUAUAUGUAUUAAUUUUCUAUUUACAAUUUAUGUCUAUUAU